AUGGCAGCGCGGCGGGGGCGGGGCGCUGUGGCGGUGGCGGCGCUGCGGGCGGACGGGGCGGCAACGGGGGUCCGCAGCGGCAGCAGCCAUGAACGGCCCCGAUGCAGCCGGCGGCGCCCAGGGCAGCGAAGGGAAGGGGGGAGAUGGGCGAGAGAAAAAGGAGAGCAACCGUUUGCUGAGUACAUGUGGAUGGAGAACCAGGAGGACUUCGACAGGCAGGUGGAGGAGGAGCUGCAGGAGCAGGAGUUCCUCGACCGCUGCUUCCAGGAGAUGUUGGACGAGGAGGACCAGGAGUGGUUCGUGCCGUCGCGAGAUCUGCCUCAGCGCGUGGGGCAGCUGCAGCAGCAGCUCAAUGGGCUCUGCGUCGCCGACGGCCGCGGCCCCCGAGGAUGUCGUGGUGGUCAACUACUGGCCAAUCCAUUGAGCAACCAUUGGCCAACCAUUGAUCAGCACAUGGUCAACCAUUGGCCAACCAUUGAUCAGCACAUGGUCAACCAUUGGCCAACCAUUGAUCAGCACGUGGUCAAGUCUUGGCCAAUCCAUUGA